CCCAAUGGCCUCUCAUCGCGUCCGCCACCCCCCGAGGCUCGUUCGGGGCCCGCUUCCUCUUCCUGCCGUUUCUGGGAGGCCUCCCGGUCCUGUCCCUUACUGGCUCCAUAACGCUAAAGCCGAGUGGAAAAUCGGACGCGCUUCCGCCUCAGCCGCCGCAAACGGCUCCUCCUCAGAACCCGACGCGCGGCUAGUUUGAACCGGCAGGAAGAGAGAAGCGACCGACUUCCGGCGGUUGGUCUGUGAAAAGCAAGGGAGUGCCAGGGAUGGCGACGAAGCGGCUGGCGCGGCAGCUUGGCUUAAUUAGGAGAAAAUCAGUUGCACCAGCAAGCGGAAAUCUAGGAAGAAGCAAAUUCAAGCAAUUGUUUGAUUACUUAAUUGUCAUCGAUUUUGAGUCAACAUGCUGGAGUGAUGGGAGGCACCAUGGUAGCCAGGAAAUAAUUGAGUUUCCAGCAGUAUUGUUGAGCACUUCCACUGGAGAAAUUGAAUCUGAGUUCCAUGUAUACGUUCAACCUCAGGAACAUCCAAUACUUUCUGAAUUUUGCAAGGAACUGACAGGCAUACAGCAGGUUCAAGUUGAUGAAGGAGUCCCUCUGAAGAUUUGCUUAUCUCAAUUCUGUAAAUGGAUUCAUAAGAUUCAGCAACAGAAGAAAAUUAUUUUUACUACUGGGACUUCAGAGCCUUCUACUUCAGAAGUAAAAUCUUGUACCUUUGUUACGUGGUCAGACUGGGACUUAGGGGUUUGUCUGGAGUAUGAGUGUAAGAGAAAACAGCUGCUAAAACCCAUAUUCUUAAAUUCUUGGAUUGAUCUCAGAGCAACUUACAAGCUUUUCUAUAGGAGAAAGCCAAAGGGUCUAAGUGGUGCCUUGAAGGAAGUGGGAAUAGAAUUCUCAGGAAGAGAACAUUCUGGGUUGGAUGAUGCUCGGAACACUGCCCUUCUUGCCUGGAAAAUGAUCAGAGAUGGUUGCCUAAUGAAAAUCACAAGGUCAUUGAACAAGGUUCCCACUGAGAAGAAUCCCAACAUUCUGACCAGAAAUUUGAAUAUAAAUCAAGUUGAAGAAACCUCUUCCUGCAAUGUUAAUAUCCAGAGGCCCAGCAUAUGUGAUAGGGAGCCUAAAAAUACCAUAAAUUCUUGUGAAAAAGUUCAAAUGAGGUCAGUUUGUAUGAAUUCUCCUAAGAAGUUAUUAGAGCAGGAUCACUCCAAACAGAAGAACAACGUAAAAACCGGUUUUCACAACGUCAAAAGUUGCUUCUCUCUUGUGAAUGCCAAACCUUCUACUUCUCUGGAGCAGCUGUCAUCUCCUACCUUGAAUUCAUCUGUCCAUUUACAGAAGCAAAGAAAAAAUGACCAUCUUGCAUCUAAUACCAAAUCUAAGUCUUUAACAACCAGUUCAGAAUUAGUACUUGUUCCUACCACCAUUCCAUCUGUUAAUCAUGGCUCUGACAUGGAAAUGAGUCCUACUCCUGACUGUUUACCUGUGUUGACUGACUGGGAGGAUGUAAUUUUACUGCCAGCAUCUCAGCCUGAUCAAAAUGUAGAUUGUAUACCUUCCAAUAGUGACUCACAUAUGUCUUUUAGUUCUGGAGAAAGAUCAGUGGUUUUCGAAGAACCAGAAAUGCUAAGCUGUGAAAACUUGGAAGACAUAGAGGAAACUCCUCAAAAGUUUGAGACCUCCAAAUCAGUUGUAUACAAGAGUCCACACACGACUAUUUAUAAUGUAAAACAAAGCAGAGAUCUAGGCUCAAAUGUUUCUGCCUUUAAGAUACCCGGACACAAAUCAAGUACCUUCAAUACAGUUACUGCCAAUGCAUCUCGUGCUUCAGUUUUGGGAAAACAUCCUCUUCACUUAGGUGGUAACAAAAGGAAGCCAUUUAGUCCCCCAACUUUCCUAUCAGCAAAAAAACAGAACUUUACUAUCCAUGAAGAAAAGGCUACAUCAUCUGAUUGCUCUGUAGUAAGAAAUUCUUCCCGGCAAAUUCUCUCCCCUGUAUUAACGCCUACAGUUAACUCACGAGAGCCUUGGAAGAAUGGGAAAAUGACACCUCCCUUAUGCAAGUGUGGCCGAAGAGCUAAGAGACUUGUUGUUUCUAAUAAUGGACCAAACCAUGGAAAAGUCUUCUAUUGUUGUCCUAUUGGGAAAUACCACGAAAACAGAAAGUGUUGUGGUUAUUUCAAAUGGGAACAAACUCUUCAGAAGGAAAAAGCCAACAGCAUGGUUCUGUCUCAUUCCACAGGGCAGCUUGUUUUUAAUUCUCCAGAAAUAAACCGUAUCUCUGACAGAAAUUUUACUAUUAAAAAUAGUUUGAAACUAAGGCCUUCAAUGAGGAGCUGAUAGACUUCAUAGCCAAACUUUAAUGCGAUUUUUAGUGCAGAAAAGAUUUUAAGAACAUGUUUAAGCUCUCUAGACUACACUAAGACUAUUACACACACACAUAAAUUCAAUCAGAAAAGAUAAAUUUCAUCACCUUACGCUUGAAUUAUCUUUUGUCUAAUAUUUGUACUCUGUUGUUCAAACAUGAAUCCUCAUUGUUCCUUAAAUUCUCAAAUAUGAAUAUUCUGAUAAUGUCUUAUCCUACUUAUGUCUUAUAUAUUAUUGUUGAAAUUAUAUGUUGUUGAAGAACCACAGAUGAAGCAUUGUGUAAAUUAUUAGGUUAAAUGUAAUUAACAACAAUAGUAUGUGACAUCCUCCAUUUAUAGUUAGACGUUGAGACAAAUAUUUAAACUCUUUUUUUUUAAGAUUUAUUUAUUUGAAAAUCAGAGCUAUAGCAAAUGAAAGAAAAAGAUCCUUCAUCCAUUGGUUUACUCCCCAAAUGGCUGCAAUGACUGAGGCGGGGCCAGGCUGAAAGCUGGAAACAGGAGACUCUUCCAGGUCUCCUACAUGAACAGGAGGGGCCCAUACACUUCAGCCAUACUGCACUGGCUUUUCCAGACCACCAGCAAGGAGCUGAAUCAAAAAUGGAACACCAGGGACAUGAAUCAACACUUAUUUGGGAUGUCAGCUUUGCAGUCAGCGACUUCACUUGCUGUGCCACGAGCUAGCCUCUAAACUAUUUUUAAGUUAUUUGAGUGAAAACGUGAGUGAUAUAAAUCCCUAGUCCAUUUUAUGGAAGAAACUUGCACUUUAAAUUAUUCUGAUACUUUUUAUUUUUUGAAAAGUCUUAAGAGUUGUUUGGUUUUAUUUCAUGGUUGAAGUUUGGUUCUGGUUUUAUAUAUCAAUAUUUAGAAUUUAUUCAGCUCAUAUUUGCAAAACAAUGUGGCAAAUAUUUGUUCAGAGUUGUUUCUAUAUACUUACACACAUUUCUCAACAGUUAAGGAAAGAAUAUUAUCAAAUUACAGAAACAUUAACACUCAUGGAGAAUAAUUUACUGAAUGGUUUAUUUCAAAAUUCAACCUUUAAUGUAACCACAAGAUUUUUAGAACAAUUUAUAAACUUAUUACCACAUUUUGUAUCACCACUGUGUAAUUUUGUGACUUCUGCAAAUUUAUAAAUACCAUGUUUGGACACUGUAUUAAUGGAAUGAUUUUAAAUUGUUUUCCACUCUUUCUUCCUUAGUUCAUUUCUUUUUAUCUUCCCACUGAUAGUCUUUGGCAGCUCUUGAAUAAAUUCUACCUGUUGGUAUCAAGGGGAAGAAAAUUACCCAGAAGAUUUCCCUGUUAGAUAAGGCCAGCUAUAUAGUAGUUUGGGCUUCAUUUAUUUAUUUGUUUUAAUGAAUUAAGAUAAUUGAAAGAUUAGGCCUUAGCCUGAGUUUUUGAUGCAAGCAAAAAGAGAAAUGGGUAUUAUUUAGGAAAAUUCUCUUGAUGUUUAGCAUUUAAUGCAAGUCCAGUGACCCAAAUGACUAGAUGCAUUAAAUUAGGAGUUUCAUUUUAAUUUCAAAGUUUCUAGUUGGUGUCCAAAUAUUAUUAAUUGACAAUAUUUGGCAUAGUUUGCUUGAUAUUUCAUUAAGAAGAAAAAAUAUAUCACUCAUAGUUUCUAGAACACAGAAAAUGCUUGUCACAGGAUGCUUACCUUUCUGGGGUAUUUAUAGGGUGCUGUGGUUUGUUUUACAUGCUCCUGAAUCUCCUUUUUCAAUUGUUCUUGAUCAUGUGACUUGUAUUCAGGGUUCAGAACAAUGAAAGCCUUUACUACCUGUAAUAAAUAUUUGAAACACCAGGAAGAUGAAUUGUGUGUU